AGGGUCCCGCGCUGCGGGCACUGCGGGCACUGAGAGCGGCGGGAUGGGGGCGGUGGGAGCGGUGCGGGAGCUGGCGCUGUUCCUGGGCACGCUGCUCUAUGCCUACGCCGAGGCGGCGGUGCGGCUGCUGCUGCCCGCCCGCAGGAAGGCCGUCGGCGGGGAGCUGGUGCUGCUGACGGGGGCCGGCCGCGGGCUGGGCAGGGCCACGGCCCGGGAGUUCGCCCGGCGCCAGAGCCGCCUGGUGCUGUGGGACGUGGACACGCACGGCCUCAGGGAGACGGCUGCGGAGUGCGAGAAGCUGGGAGCCACCGUGCACACCUUCGUGGUGGACUGCAGCAAGAGGGAGGAAAUCUACAGCGCGGCGGAGAAGGUGAAGAAGGACAUUGGCGAUGUCUCCAUCCUGGUGAACAAUGCUGGUGUGAUCACGGCUGCCGACCUGCUCUCGACCCAGGACCACCAGAUUGAGAAAAUGUUUGAGGUCAACAUUCUCGCCCACAUCUGGACAACCAGAGCUUUUCUGCCAACAAUGAUGGACAACAACCGGGGUCACAUUGUUACGGUGGCUUCUGCAGCAGGUCAUUUUGUAACCUCUUUCAUGGUGGCUUACUGUUCAAGCAAGUUUGCUGCUGUUGGAUUUCAUAAAGCUCUAACCGAGGAGCUGUCUACCCUGGGAAAGGAUGGAAUAAAAACAACGUGUCUCUGCCCAGUUUUUAUAAAUACCGGAUUUGUCAAAAAUCCCAGUACUAGGCUUGGAAGGAUUUUGGAGGUUGACGAAGUUGUAAAGGAACUGAUGGAAGGAAUUCUCACUAACAAGAAAAUGGUUUUUGUUCCAUCAAAUCAAAGCUUUGCUUUACUUCUUGAAAGGUUGCUUCCAGAACGUGCCUUGAAUUAUCUGAAAAAGAUAACAGAUGUGAAGUUUGAUGCAAUCAUCGGACAGCGAAGCAACCAGUGAACAUGUUUCCCCAUGGCACGAGUGAAAACAGAACAUGGACCAUGUGUAGGGCAGUGGUUUUGAUUCAGAGCAGAAGCAAGACAGGUACUUCCUCCAGGCCACCAACACCCUUCACACCUAGAGACUUGUUCCACACCUGCAGCAGAAACACACCUGCAUAACAUGCAUAACCCUAGCUCUUCUCUGCACUGAAGCAGACAGGAAAUGCAGCAAAGCCCAUUUUGGGACAACAGAGGGAUUGCCUGAGUAUAUGUGUUAAUCUGGACUCAUCACUGAGCAGUGAUCUUGUGGGAAGAAAUUCAUAUGGGUGGUCUGCUUCACCUUAACUAAUCAUUUAAAAUUUUAAAAGCCGUAUAAUGCACACGGUUUUAUGUGCUUUUGUAGUGAGUACCUGAAAAGCCACAGCCUUUUAAUCAAGUGUUACCUGAAUAUGUUGAUUGUCGCGUUAUGUAUGAGCAACAUCAGCACAACUUGUACAGAAUAAAUGCAGUUCUUUACCCAAAA